UAUUUUUAAAUAGUUAUUUUUUUAUUGUUUCUUAUUGCUUUUUGUGAUUCAUUGAUUUUAUUGUUAAUAAAUCAGAUAAAACUCUAUCAAGAUGUCGAGGAAAUCAGUAACAAGGAAAUCUGUAGCGAGGAAAUCUGUAGCAAGGAAAUCCACUACUGGUGGGAAAAGGCAAUCAAUGGCGAGGCGGUCCUCUACAAAACAAGGGGGUGGAGGCUCAAAGAAAUCUGGGUUGCGGAGUACAUCAAUAAAAAAACUGCCUCAUCAGUUUGAAGAAGCAGAUCUCACUAUUCCUGAACUUGGACCAUUUUUUGUAUUACUCAAAUGCAAAGAACCACCAUUGAUUAUCCGAGCAAUUGACACAAUUUAUGAUUACAUAAAAAGAGUUCCUGAAGUUGUUCCUUACGUGUUGUCCAAAAACACUAUUGCAAUAUCAAAAGUAUACGCCCAAGGACAGUUGCAGUACAUACCAUUGAGGGCAUUAAAGUUAAUCGCUGAACUAUCCCAAAAUCCUGACAGUCACGAAGAUAUAAAGACUGAUGAUAUUUUCUUAAGAUUUCUUGUUAAAUCAUAUGGCGAGAAUGGUGAUGCAAAAUGGAAAGAAGCUUCAUCGAAGAUUUUAACUGAGAUAACACAAGAUCUUGAGUUUUGCAGAACUUUUGUUGAUGAGUAUUGUGAUAUGAGUCAGUUAAUAAAAAUGCUUAAGCAUCUGGACCCUGAUGUUGUUUACAACUCUUUAGUCGUAGGUCUUCAAUAUAUUUUUUACUGCUAUACUUAUCUAAUUUGCAUCUAUUUUCAGUUAGUAAAAAAUUUCUUCCGAGAUAAAUCACUAGCAGAGAAGUUUGUAAAUUGUCCAGAGUUUAUGUUUGAUAAGUUCUUUCCAUUGUUUGAAUCUCAAUACAUAGAAAUCCAGAAACUUUCAUUGCAAUUAGUUCAUUGGUUGGUUUACCAACCAGAAACUGAAGAUUUGAAAAAAUUGUUCAUAGAUGAAGGAGGGAUAGAUAAAAUUUACAACAUUCUUCUCAACAAAUAUGCUUGGAGGGACAUUCAUCCACUUGUUAUUGACAUUCUUCAGGCUUCGUACAAUAAUGAAGAAAGAGUAGCAUCACUCAAAGAAGAUGGGAUUAAAAAACUAGUAGGUUAUCUUGAGUUCAUCGAGGAUGAUGAGUUAGUAGCCAAGGCGAUGAAUGUUAUUGUCCAAUGGUCAGCAAGAAUUUAUGGGAAAUGGAUGCUUUUAAGACUCGGAAUGCUGCCAAAAUGUUGCAGUUAUUUGUUGGAUGGAACAAUUCCAAUGAAACUUGUGGCAUGCCAGUUCAUCAAUGAAGUUGCUCUCGAGCGUGAGAAACUUCGUAAGCUUGUACAACACGUCAACAUACCUGCCUUGGCAGGUUUGAUCAUAGAUGUGAGCAAUCCGAAUGAACUGGUUUUAAUGGCCCAUACCUUGUUUAACAACUUGAUCAAAUUCAGCAGAUUUGAAAUAGCGGUGCAUUGUACUAAGUCCCCUUUAAAGGAUGAUCUGGUUUCAUGGAUGAAAGAGAAUUAUCACAAAAUGUCGCCUGAUAAUAAGAGGCUUAUAUUAAACACUAUUAGUAUUUUGGCGCAGAACAACGUAGUCAGAGCUCAUUUUAUUGAUUUCGCUUUAAUUGAUUUCUUGUGUAAAGCAUUACAGGAUCCAAAUGAAAAUUUGUACGAUGUUACAAUAGUUGCUGGAGAAGCAUUAGAGUACUUAAUCAAAACUGAACCGAAUGCUUGUCAAUAUUUGUUUCUCAAUGAAGGAUUGCAGACCAUGAAGCAUGUCUUGUGGACCACAAAAAAUCAAACAUUAAGGGAAAAAUUGUGCCACUGUAUGAUGGAAGCCAUAUCACAUGAUGAAUAUUUGAAAUUACAACUUUUGAAAAAUGACCAUCUCAACUGGUUAGUAAAACACAAGGCAAUAUGGUACGAGUCGCCAUCGAUGAAAACGACAGUCGAAGAAUUUUACAAGUAUUACCUGCCAGCCAAAAUUGCCUUCACCUCAAGGCUGGGUUUUGAAGACAAAAUCAAAGAUGGAUUCUACGUGUUCAAAGAAAACCGACCUCCAAACACUUUGCCACUUCCUUUCACCAUGGAAGAUAUCGAAGACUUGAGCGUGUAUAUAGUGGGCUUUGAAAAGAAUCGAGUACUGCAAGAAAUUCAUUAUGAACAAGAAAUGGAAAUUAGAAAAAAACAGAUACAAAAUGAGGAAUGUAUCAAUCUUCUUAAAGAAUUUCCAGAAAAAUCCAGCUGUCACCCAUUGGGUUAUAGUCUAAUGAAAGACAAGAAUUAUAUUAAUAAGACAAAUGAGUUGACGAUUUGCUGGGAAAGAGAUGAAGAUCUUAAUAGUUAUCUUACCUGCCUUAACACUAAAAUUUAUGAGCUUGAUCAAAAAGAAUUAGUACAGUUGAAGGAGGUGUUAAAUGCACCAAAUUUGUCAAUGCUGCAGAAGACAUUAGAACCAUUUCCAACAUUGAAAGUAGGCGAACCAAUGAGAAGAUACACACUUUCUACAGUAAGAAAUGCACUUGCUCGUGCUAUGGCAAAACUACCAAAAAGAUUAGAUCUACUGUCCACAAUGCCUGUAAAAGUAACUGAGGGUCAAGGCAAUAGAAAGAGGACUAAACUGAUUAUCGAGCCUCCUCUACCAUUCACACCUCCGCCAGAGGAAGAAAAGAUAAAAAUACCCCCGAUACUGCCUAAGCCAUUCGGCGCAAGCUGGGCAAUGAAAAGAGCUCAAAUAAUAGCUGAAAUCGUCUUUAAUGAAAUGUCAGGCCCUGAAAACAAUGAUCCAUGCACAUACCACACUUUCAACUUGUACUUGGCAGAGCUAAAGAAUAAACUGAAUUCUAAUGUUAUACCACUUGGCAUGCUCAAGGUCGGAAUGAAAUUAGAAAGGGCUCUACUUUUUAAAGUUCUAGCUGAUAAAAUAGAGGUCCCUUGCACAUUGGUGGGUGGAAACAAGGGCCAGUGGUGGAAUGAACUCUGCAUCAUGGAACUCAAUGAAGAUUGCAAAGGAAUUGCUGACAUGCCUAAAUCUUUGAUGUAUCCUACACAUGUGAUCGAUUUAUGGAUGAGACCUGGCAACCUAAUGGCCAUAGGAAGCAAGGAGGCUAACUUGUACUGUGGCUCACUUGGCAAUCCUCAAACGUAUACCAGAGAAGACUGGAUGACCACUUAAAAGCUAAAGCAAAUAGAUGCUUAUAAGUAUACAAUAAUCACAACUGUGUCAUAUUAGUGAUUCUGUCCUGUAUUGAUUAAAAGUAAUUUCUCUUGAUAUA